AUGAAAGUGGCGGAGAGGCUUAUUAACGGCCGACUUUGCUGGUGGCUAGAGAAAUCUAAUAUACUACCUAAUAGCCAGGCAGGGUUUAGAAGUGGCAGAUCCUGCGCAGAUAAUAUAGCUAUUCUCCACUCGGAUAUUUGCAACAAUUGGAAUAACAAGAAAAAUACCUACGCCUUAUUCUUUGAUAUCAAAGGCGCCUACGAUAACGUGUUAUGGGAUAUUUUAGUUUACAAAUUAAUUCAACUUAAACUACCACCAACAUUUAUUAAAUUUAUUUUCAAUCUCACCUCUUCAAGGAUAGUACAGUUCAAAUAUGAUGAUAUCGAUUUAAUUAGACAUACUCAAAGGGGUCUUCCGCAAGGCUCAGUUUUGAGUCCAAUACUGUACUCCAUAUAUGUCGCUGAACUAGAAAACUUGUUUCGAUAUAAUACUAACAUAAAAAUAUUGCAGUAUGCGGAUGACAUCUGCUUAUACAUAUCCCAUGAGAAUCGCAUCACCGCUUUGUCGGAGCUGGAGGAGGCGGGCAAUAGAGUAGCUGCCUGGUUUGAUUCGUUGGGACUAGACCUUGCUCCCGAUAAGUCACAGCUCUGUAUUUUUAGUAAGGGUAACAACCAGCGAGAUCGUUUUUGGUCCAUCUGCAACAAUCUUAAAUGGAACAGUCACGUAAACAAGGUAGUGGCUAGCUGUAGCAAACCGUUAGCCAUUCUGAGCUUUCUUAGAACUACCUGGUGGGGCUCUGACCCCUCACUGCUCCUCAUGUUAUACAAAGGAUUGAUAAGAUCACGGAUGGAAUACGGAGCUUUUGUGUGGUUCAAUCUUCCUCAAUAUCUCACUAGGAAACUUGAAAUGAUACAAUUCCAGGCUUGUCGCACGGCGCUGGGUUACAGAAAAACUACGCCGAUUAAUGUAAUACUUUAUGAGGCCAGGGAGCCUCCUCUUAGGGCCAGAUUUGAAUUCUUGGGUCGAUUCUCGACGAGGUGUCGUAAACCAUGGUUCCAUAAAUUCAAGUUUAAGCGGAAAAGCGUGGUGUCGAUUAAUAGAUUGAGAUCCGGACAUACUACCUUAGCGGAAUGUUUAUUUAAUCAUAAGAUCAUAGAUUCGCCGCUUUGCGAGUGCGGCGAUAUUCAGUCUCCCAACCACAUUAUCUGGCAAUGUGAGCAUCUGAAUGGGCAGAGGGAAAAACUUUUGCAAACUUUAUCUGCUCAGGGUUUGAUGGGUCCGUUCUGCAUCGAACAAUUUCUGCAUAUUAUGAACCCGGAUAUUAUUUUCGCGCUUGCUUCCUUUAUUGAUACCAUUCCGACCAGAAUAUAG